UAUAACCGAUAAGCAGCACCAAAGCGGAAAGCACAACAAAUAAAUAUUAUUACUGCUCUUUAGUAGCCAGUGAGUUGGGAUUGAGUCGGAUUUAGUCACGGAUCGAGCGCCAUGUCCCACGCGAUCGGAUUUUUUACGCUUCUCUGGAUAUUUAUGGGCGAGUGCAUACGGAUUGGAGUUCUAGGUGGAUAUGCGGAGGAUAACUACCCUGCGAGUGUCCUGGAAGAUGCCCAUCUGACCACUUUGCAACUCUUGACAAAGUACAAAUAUCCUGGGGAGUCCCAUCAAGUCACCACCGAGGACAAAUAUGUAUUGACGCUUCAUCGAAUUCCGCGGCCAGGUGCCAAGCCUGUGCUUUUGAUCCACGGACUGGAGGACACCUCCUCCACCUGGAUCUCAAUGGGACCGCACAGCGGUCUGGCCUACUACCUCUACGAAAAUGGCUACGACGUCUGGAUGGGCAAUGCCCGGGGCAACCGAUAUUCUCGAGGUCAUGUCAAACUCAAUCCAAAUACGGACCGGGCUUUCUGGAGCUUUUCCUGGCACGAAAUCGGGAUGUAUGAUCUCCCGGCCAUGAUCGAUGGUAUUCUGGAGAAAACGGGCUAUCAAAAGUUGAGCUACUUUGGCCACUCCCAGGGCACCACCUCAUUUUUCGUGAUGACCUCCAGCAGACCGGAGUAUAAUGCCAAGAUUCACAUCAUGAAUGCCCUGGCUCCGGUUGCCUUUAUGGGAAACAUGAAAGCACCGCUCAUAAGCAUCGGUCGCAUGGGGAUCAAUGUUUUAGGAGGCUCCUACGAGCUGUUUCCACACAGCUAUAUAUUUUUCAAUCAAUGCCUUACCUCUGCAGGAAUGAUGAAAACCUGUCUUCGCUUCUACUGGCAGCUUGUGGGCAAGAAUCGAGAGGAAUUGAAUAUGACCAUGUUUCCAGUGGUUUUGGGUCAUCUACCAGGUGGCUGCAAUGCCAAGCAGCCCCAGCACUAUAUCCAACUGCAAUCCUCCGAUCGUUUCUGCCAAUAUGACUACGAUCCCAAGGAAAACCAGCGGAUAUAUGGACGCUCCUCGCCACCUGAUUAUCGUCUGGAGAAGAUCACUGCUCCAGUGGCCCUGUUCUAUGGAAGUAACGACUACUUUGCGGCAGUGGAGGAUGUAAAGCGGUUGGCCAAGGUGCUGCCCAAUGUGGUGGAAAACCACUUGUUUAAAAAGUGGAAUCACAUGGACAUGAUUUGGGGCGUUAGUGCCAGACGGACGAUCCAGCCCAGGAUGCUGAAACUAAUGCAGUAUUGGGAAUCUCACGGAGGUGCCAAUCAGAACAAAACGAAUGCACCUCCAGAGAUGGAGGAAGAAGAGGGUACUACAGAGUUAGUACUUGAAACCUCAACUACUAUUACUUCUGAGGAAACCACUCAGAGACCCGGAGUUGUAGAAGAAAAGGAUGAUGUUCAGGCGACUGAUGAAGGAGACCAUGAAGAAGCAAAGGAAUCCUUGUACGAAACUACCUAUUCCCCUGUGGAAGAGUAA